GAGUGCGGCGCUGCUCUCCAUCUUUGCUCUUUGUCCUCUCCGCUUUCAUUCUUUCACUCACUAUGGUUCUUGCAGAGCAAGAAGUCAUCGAUUUAACGGGGGACAAUUCUCCAUCACCCAAUGUUAUUCCGGUACCCUCGGAUGACGACGAGAUUCAAAUAUUGCCCGGUCCGCCCAGUGCCUCAAAUUCAAACAACAAACGUUCAUUAGAAGGCCGACUCACCAAUGGCGGACCUUCCUCCAAUACUCGGUACAAUACCAGGAGUAGGAGUAAGCAAUUGGAAACUAAUGGGAAUACCAAUUCGACUGUGGCCGAAUCGAACGCAAACGGGAAGAAGCGGCGGAAGAAGAAAAAGAAGACCUCUGUGGUCACGCCACCUGAGGAGGGUGAGAUCGAGGAAGGCGAAGAGGAUAAGCCUCAGAGUAGUUCAAUCACUACUGGUACCACCAAAAACGAUACCCAAGAAGACUCUCGGAACGGCGAGUCCUCGCAUACAGCCUCUUCGAAAGAUUCCACGUGCAAACCAAUGCGAAACGGACAAUCACUUCUAGAUCGACUGCGAGGUUCAGACGGGCCUAGUACGCCUGUAAAUGGCGGCACUGCUACGCCUUCGAAAUCAAGUAUCAAGAAGCGAAAACGUACCAAGGAGAAUGACAAUGCACCAACACCCUCCUCUAACCGACGACGAUCGCUCUCACCUGAGGCUUCAAGUUCUCUUUUCUUCAUUGAUGAUACACCUGCCGAAGUACCUGCUGCUGCAAAACCUCCCCCUCCACCAUCUACUUCUGGGAUGAACUCGAUGUCAGCAGUAGCGUCUGGAUCGGGAAGUGGAAAGGCAGCAGAUAAGGGGAAGGAGAAGGAAGCUGCUCCUUUGCUGUUACCUGCGCAUGUAUCUGUCGUUUUCGGAGAGACUGGCGCUAUACCCGUAGAAAUCCUGCCUCCAGACGAUGAAGACUUAGAGGACGAUAGUGGUAUCGAAUAUGUGGAUUAUGACGAUAAUCGAAAGGGACCUGGUGUCAUUCGUUAUUUCGAAGAUUCAGCUGAAGCAGCAGCAGAUGCUACUCCAGUCAAACCCAAAACAAUCGUUUGCAAACAUUGUGGUGCAGAGGGUGACCACAAGACCUUCGAGUGUCGUGUAUUGAUAUGUUUGACUUGUGGCGUUCGAGAUGAACAUCCCACACGCAGUUGUCCUAUCAGCAAGACCUGCUUCACGUGUGGUAUGAAAGGUCAUACUAGGAAUAAAUGUCCAGUUGGAUAUAGCAACGGAGUUAUUUCAAGAUAUGAUGAAUGUGAUCGGUGCGGUUCGGAUCUACACAGUACGAAAGAAUGCCCCACAUUAUGGAGACUGUACGAGUACGUGGACGAGGCUCAACAGCUGGAAGUAUUACGCAUUCGUGAAGAGAAGAGCGACCUACGGAUAGGCGAAGGUGGAGAAGGGUAUAUCGCCACGGACGAAUGGUGCUACAACUGCGGGGGUAGCGGGCACCUCGGAGACGAUUGUAGGGAACCACACGCACACGACUUCCCCAAAGAGCCAUCAGCAUUCAGUGCGUACAACACGCGUUCUGGACCAUUUUUCGACCCUACACGUGCAGAGAAGCCAACUUCAUCAUCAUCUCGUAAGGCCAGAAGGGCAAAAGCAUCACGAGAUUGGUUGCGUGAGGAUGGAACUUGGGCAGACGGAUAUGGGUUUGCAGCGCCCAUGGAUGUGGGUAAGCAGGGAAAACGGAAGGAACGUGCAAGGAUGGAACAGAGGGCUCAAGAGGUGCAGCUUGAUGAUGACGAGGAUUGGUUUGCAAGGAGAGGUAGAGGGUCUUCUGGGAAUGCGAGGAAUGGCGGCGGAGGCGGUGGAGGAAAGGGAACUCCCUCGAGUGGCAGGGACAGGAACAGCAAGAAGAUCGCGUUCGGCGACCUUGGUAAGGAUCGAGACCGAUUCUCAGGGACGAGAUACGAAGUGGACUUCCCAAGGUCAUCCAAUCGCGAUGGUCGGGGGAGGUAUGCUGAUCUCCCUGUACCUGCACGCGAGACAGAUAACAUUCAGAUUCGGGGAGCUGCUUCCAGAGGACAGAGGGAUAGGGACCGAAAGAAUUCUGGUGGUGGGGGAGGACGGUCGUACGAUCGUGACUAUGAUGUGCGUCAUAACUAUGAUGACCGUAGUGCUCGACAGUACGACAAGGGGCCGAAGUAUAGAGGAGGAUACUCGAGAUGAAGCUUGAAGCUUGAAGUCGGGCUUCGAUGUCUGUGUUCGACACACUAUCUGCCUGCCACAUUAUUCACGUCUCCUCACUUUAGUUUUUCGCUUUAUAAAUGUCCCUAUACCCUAUUGCAUACAAUACCGCUUGCCUCGAGUACUUAUUCUCAUGCUGUUUCUUGCUUUCACAUCGUCAGGCGGCGGUCUCUAUUGUUUC